ACAAACUAAAAUGGCUUCAAACAGAGGGUAUUGUGUAUGUGGACAAGUCAAUGAAGAGACGGGUUUUAUGAUCCAAUGUGAUGUUUGCAGAGAUUGGUUCCACGGGAACUGUGUAGAUGUUAAGGAACAUGAGUCAGUUGAUAUUGAGAAAUACCACUGUCCAGCCUGUGAGGAAGCUCAUGGACCCUCUGUCUAUAAAGAAAGGAAGAAUUGGCAUAGACAUGAUUACACAGAUGCUGAAGCUGAAGGGAAGGCUAUUCAAACUGGAACACCAGUGUUUAUCCAUGAACUGAAACAAAGGCACUUUCGGAGUGCAGAUGAAGUUAUAGUGAAGCUGAGAGGCCAACAGUUGACGUUACCAUACCUUAUGCAGAAUGGGUUUGAAUGGCCCAUACUGGUUGAAAGCAAGGAAGGUCUUGAUCUUGUUAUGCCUCCAGAGAACUUUACCAUUUAUGAUAUUUGUGAUUAUGUUGGUGAAGAUGUACAUUUGGAUGUGAUUGAUGUAAUGAAACAAGAGGGAGAUAUUAAGAUGACAAUGAAGGAGUGGGCAGAUUAUUUUGAAAACCCUGAUAGAAGUAGAGUGUACAAUGUUAUAAGCCUGGAAUUUUCCAAAACAAGGCUGUCUGAAUUUGUUACUCCACCAUCUAUUGUGAGGAAGAUAAGCUGGGUAGAGACAUGCUGGCCAACCAAUCUUCCUGAAGAUUGUCCUUAUUCUCGACCAGCUGUUAUGAAGUAUUGCUUGAUGGGAACAAAAGAUAGUUAUACAGAUUUCCAUAUUGAUUUUGGUGGGACCUCAGUUUGGUAUCACAUCCUUAAGGGUGAAAAAAUUUUCUACCUCAUUCGACCUACUCCAGCAAAUGUUUCACUGUAUGAACGAUGGAUGUCAUCUGCCAAUCAAAGCGAGAUGUUUUUUGGGGACCAGGUUGAUUCCUGUUAUAAACUAAUUCUAGAAAAAGGAAGUACACUUUUUAUACCAGCAGGGUGGAUUCAUGCUGUACUGACAUCAAAAGAUUCAUUGGUGUUUGGAGGAAAUUUUCUCAAUACUUUUAAUAUACCAUUACAGUUACAAGUCUAUGAAACUGAACAGAGGAUAAAAACCCCACACAAGUAUCGGUUUCCAUGGUUUGAAACAACACACUGGUUUGCUGCAGAGCUUGUUCUCCAACAGCUAAGGGAGAUUAACCAAGGAGAAAGAAAAGCUCCUCAUUACAAUGUAGCCGGAGCAAAAUCUUUAAUUACAGCAUUAAAAGUCUGGAGUCAAGGCACAGAGGUUAAAGGUAGAAGUCAUGAGGAUAUUCCUGAUGGAAUUGAUGCUGCCAAGUUGAUAAAAGGGCUUUCCAGAGAAGUCAGAAUAGUUGAAAAGAGGCAAGCUAUUAACAAGAUAGUGAAAGAAGAUAAGAAGCCUGUAAGACUAAGAAAACAACUGCAUUCUGUGACAGGGAGUAGCCUAGAUACAGAUUUAAAAGCUGUCAUCCCAAAACAUGAGAUAUCAAAAUUGGGUGAUGAAAACAAAGUAGUCACUUCUCUGAAACUGUCACUGAAGUCCAAGUUAUCCUCUCAGGAAUCCAGUACAGAAAUGAUCUCUUCCUCAAAUCCAUCACAAUCUUCAAUAAAGCUAUGUAUACCAAAGUCUGCAGUGACAGCUUGCCCUGGAAAAGGGAGAGCACGUGCACCAAGAAAGGAUCUCAAAAAUAAUUUCUCAAAACAGAAUUCUCAAGAAAAUAAAGCAAAAAAAGGGAAACCCCUAAAAUUGAAGGUUUCGUGUGGGAAAGUAGUAAGUGAAGAGAAGAAACCCAUACAAGAGGUAAAGAACACAUCUGUUUACGACUUUGUAGAUUCUGAAGAUGAUGCAUUAGUUGUUGAUGAAAAUCCACGUCUUCCUCCGAAACGGCCAAAAGCUUCAGCUGUAAAAAGAAAACCUCCUGGGGUAACAAAACAGAACAAUUUAAAAAGCGAGCCAUUAAAGCUAAGAUUAUCUUUUAAUGGUAAAGCAACAUCAGAGAAGCCAUCCAUAGGUUCAUCCUUCUCUUCUUCAGAACAAGACAAGGAACUAAGUGACUGUACGUCCCCUGGACCAAAGAAUGCCACUAUUGAUGACUUGUUAUUGGCUAGUGCUUACACAGGUGAUCCAGACAACACCAGAGUUAGUCUGGAGGAGGAACUAAGCGGAGGACGCACUUCUCCGUCCACCAGAGAAGCUAUUCAGGGAAUGUUAUCCAUGAGCAAAAGUGUCUUUACCUUUGACUCAACUUUGAAUCAAGCAGGGGACUCUGUAAGUGCUACGAUAAACAGUGGAGAAACUGGCUUAACAUCAGAAACUGGGCUUGGAAGCUUGACAGACAUCCGAGCCACUAACAUGUCUAUUCUAGUCAAUAGGCCACUUCACAUUGAUGCUGGUAAAUCAGUAGUGAGCCACAACAGAUUGAUCAGGAGAAAAUAUCCUGAUGAGGAAGAUGAUGAGGAGUUUGAAGAAAGUUUAAAAAACUGUCCAGAAGAUGGGGAUUUCAUUUAUUUAGGGUUUGAAGCUACUGAUGAAGAGGGUUAUAUUUUCAAACGUCGCGGAAGAAGAAAACCAGAUGAAGCUUGGAAUCCUAAAGCUAAAUUAGUACCAAAUUGUCCCAAGCCAGAACGGCCAGUUCGAGAAGGUGUGAGAAAAGAAGUGGUUGAAUCAGGAAUAGCUGCAGCUGCUGCGAAGCUAGCUAACUUACCACCUCAGAAACGUUCAUAUAACAAGAAGAAAGUCAUCCACCCUAAAAGUAAAGAAGAGCAUUUGUUCAAUCCUCAGCCUGGUCCUUCUCAUCUCACGGACUUUUCCUUAAAAAGACCAGCUUCAGUGGAGAUGCUGUCUAAAGUUAAAAACCUAAAAAAGGAUUUGCUACAGCCAAGCAGAGAUUAGGAAAAAUCUUGAAAAUCCAUAAAAUGUUACACUGACCAUCUGUUUUCUAGUGAAUUCACCAGUUUAUGAUCAGAGUACCUGGAAUGUUCCCCUGACCGUGUUGAUCUGUUUUAGUAACUGAUCGUGUGAAAAAUGGAAGACUUUGACUCUCAGGGAAACUAAGGAGCAUGCAGACUGCAUGACCUUUACCACAUCAACUUGCCUUGUUAUUAAUUUAGUAGCUCUGUUGUAGGCCUGUUGCUUUUGUUUCAGACACUUUCGUUAUCAGUCUGAUACUGUAACAACAUUUGAUGGUGUUGACGAUAAGUCACCCAUUCAAUUUAAAUUUUAUUGCACAAAUCUGUUUAGUAAGUUAAAAUUGGUAACAUGUUUUUCGUACAUUUAGAAAUGUUAACUCCACACAUCUUUUUACUGGUAAGAUGCCAAUUGAGAUACACCAUUAAACUUAUGAACACCAUUUGAUAUUUUUCUACUAGGUUCUAAACAGUAACUAAGGAGAUCAGAAUAUGAGCAAUUUUUAUUAUUGUACAACAGUAAAGAUUAAUAUUCUAUUAGCUAAACAAGUAUCAGCCUUGUUAUUACAGGUGUUUUGUAGUACAGAUAAUUCUUUAUUAGAUACAUUUAAUACAUCAUCAUUACCAGUUGUUGAAUAGAAACUGAGAUAAACUAUUAUUAAAAAUUAGUUAAUGAAAUUUCUUCAAUUGGUUCAGAGGUAUAAUAAAAUUUUGUAGUACUGGUAAGAUGCCAAUUGAGAUACACCAUUAAACUUAUGAACACCAUUUGAUAUUUUUCUACUAGGUUCUAAACAGUAACUAAGGAGAUCAGAAUAUGAGCAAUAGUUAAUUGGUUCAGAGGUAUUAUAAAAUUUUGUAGUACUGUACAUAAGCAUUUGACUAAUAUUUCUGAGUUUACCGCUUUAACUAGAAUGGGAGAUAUCAGUGCAAUCAUUAAAUCUCAAUGAAGAUUGAUAUCUCGGUGAUAGACAACUAGAAAUUUUGAUUCAUCGGUAAUUAAUAUCAGCUGUACUGUUAAAUAGUAAUAGAAGGUUCAUCCCUUUUGUUUGGUUUUAGCAAAAGGAAAGCCUGUUUAUGGUUUUUAGAACAUUAAGUAUUCAAACAGAUGAAUGUGCUUUGAAAUCUUGCUGUUUUGUCUACUUAAUUACUUCAUAGAACAGAUUCGUUCUUUUGUAUGGUGAAAUCUUGUAUGACUACAGUGUUUAAUAUCUAUUUAAUUUUCUUACAUAUAGUAAUUAGUGUGGAUUGUUUUUAACAUCUGUGGUUUAAUGGUUUUAUAUUAUAGAUGUUUUGCAAAGAAGAAUAAAGUAUGCAUUGUGUUUGAUAUGAAAAAAGACAAUCAUUUUGAGAAGAUGUAUAAAGUUGAGCUUGGUGAUAGUAUUCUGUGUAAGGUCAAACAACAUUAUUAAACACAUUGAGAUACAUUCAGCAUCUCUUUAGUUUAAUUAGUGCUUUUCUACUUUCGAUAUUUGGUUUAUUGGCCCAUUAGCAUUAUGUUUUUACAACCUCUAGGUUUUAAUCAAAGCUUUAGUCAGUCAACAUUACUUAAUGUCCAAAUAACACAACAUCAUGGUCAGGAGCAUUGCUAUAGAAUUACAAUCUUAGACAAGACAUAUGUUUGUAAAAAUAGUAAAUGCAUGAAUAGUCACUCAUUGAUGAAAAAUUCAAGUACUAAUGUAUAUAUAUACAUAUUUUAAAGGCAGAUAAAACUUGUAUGCAAGUUAUUCACACACAUACAUUUAUAUUUGUGACCUCCCACACAUAUAAAUCAGUAAUUUUAUCACAUCUUUGGUCUUUUUCUUAUGACUCACUAUGUAGUUAUAAUUUUGAACUAAGUGAAUUAUAAAGGUGUUUGAAAUACAGAAGCUAAAAUAGAACAUAUUAUUAAGGACAGUGUGUUUGGAGGAGAAGGAUGGGAUAAGUUAGUGUUGCCCUUCUACAGAUCGACAUGUAACCCUACAUCACUCCUCAUUAUAACUUCCAAACUAAUUACAGUAGAUCAUAUGGUGAUAAUAUGCUGGUGCUUUGACUUUAAAUACAUAUAUUUGAUAUGUACCCUGAUCAAAGGAUUUGCCAGCACAGUUAUUAAAAUAUUAGUCAACAAGACUCUCUAAACGUUUUCUUUACACUGAAAGAACUUUGCUAGUGAACAGACAUCUCACAUCUCUUGUUACUUGUUAUAAUAUUAUAAGCUUCCCACACUAAAUGAUAGUUUCUUUCUUAUAUCAACAACUUAUUACCUACAUUUGCAGAUUAAGAAGUAUUGACUUAAGUAUGCAUGCAAUUGAUAAUGCUUGGAGAUGGCUUGAAUGGGUAAUGAAGAAAAACUUUAAAAUAAGUUUAACAUAACAGCAAAUGUACAACAUUUCUACAAGGUUUUGUCAUCAUCAGGUACUAGUAGUUUACACUGACAUAUAUAUAUAUAUGUAUAUAUACAGUAUGGAACAAAGAGGUCACAUGACCAAAUACUAUUGCAAGACUUAGAGGAGAUACCUUGGCACUCCAGGGUGUUGGUUUAGUAGUAGGGUUGUUUUGUUCAAUUAAGAUAGAU